AUGUCGGUAAAACAGUUCUACUUACUGGGUGAGCCCAGUGCUUCUGCUCGCAAUGUUGAGUUGGAAUCAACACUCAAUUAUGCUGGUAUUCAGCUCUGGAUUGCAGGCCAAUUUGCCAUUGUUGAGCCAAGUGGAAUCUCCUUCCAGACAGAGGAUGCAGAACUUUCCACUCCAUCGGAGAUUCUCUCGAGUGAAGAGCCAAUCGCUAUCGCCAUCGAUGGCAAGGCCGUGCGGGAAAUCCCCGGUCCCAAGGGUCUUCCAUUUGUGGGCAACUUCUUCGAAGUCUACCCCGAUCACUUAGGAAACCACCAACGUCUAUUUGAUCAAUAUGGCCCCAUCUUCAAAACCACCAACAUGGGUCGUACGAUCUAUCAGACCAACGAUCCUCAACUGGCUCAGAUCGUCUUCUCUGAGUCCGACUUUUUCACCAAGAAAAUCAACCAGUCUCACCCCUUAUACCCAAUCAAAAACCAGGAGGCUGGCGUCUUCUUAGGAGACACCGAUACUCCAGAGUGGCGUGCUGCCCACAAGUUCCUUCCCCCAGCUUUUGGUCCGAAAGCCGUCCGUCACUAUGCGCCGACCAUGCAACAGACCGUUGAAGAUGCUUUCUCAGUGUUUGAUCACUUCGAUGAGCAAGGGGAAGCAUGGAACGUUUAUCAGUAUAUGCUGAAGCUUGGCGCCCAAGCUGUGGGCAAGCUGGUUCUGGGCAUCGAUUUCAACCACUUUACAUCGCCCAACGCACCGCCUCAUGAGCUUGUGUACCGCAUCGCAGAAUCACUAACUCUGAAUAAGAAGGUGUCAGCGUGGGGAGACUGGUACGGCAAGUUGCCGUUUGGAGAUCCACAGAAGUUGCGGAACGCACGAGGACGGAUCAUUGAGAUGGUCAAUGAGUCUAUUGCGAACGCAUCACGUGGAGGUGUCGAGGACCUUCCUCUCCAGGAUGCGGCUCUAAAGGCGUCCAACAUGGUCGACUAUGCUAUUCGUGCCACGGACAACAAGGGAGAGAAACUGCCCGAAACCAGCUUGAUGCAAGCACUAGUCGUGGCCACUGGCGCUGGCUUCACCACCACCAGCUCUCUACUGUCCUGGUUGAUCUACUCCUUAGUCAACUACGACGGUAUGCAAGAUCGCUUACUUCAAGAACUCAUCGAUCACGGCAUCGAAGCCGACACCCAGAUCACCGCUGAUCUCACCGACCAACUUACAUUCAUGGACAAAUUCAUCAAGGAGACUCAGCGUCGCCACAAUCCCUCCUACCAACCUGCUCGCACGGCGAAGGUCGACAUGAUUCUUCCGGGUGGAUACAAACUUCCCCAAGACUCCAUUGUCAUCCCCGCCUUGCACCAUGUACACAACAACCCCGCGGUCUGGGAUAAUCCUGCCCGAUUUGACCCCGAUCGCUGGGAUCGCGACGAGGUCAAGAACCGCCACAAGGCGGCUUACAUUCCGUUCGCUGCGGGGCCACGUAUGUGUAUUGGCUUCAACUUUGCAUUGCAGGAAGUUAAAGUGUUCUUGCCGAAGCUUGUUUAUCGGUACAAGUUUAUCCGAGAGAAUGAUGGGCCGAUCGAAUAUGAUCCGAUGUUCCAGUUGAUUCGACCGAACAAUCUAUAUGUUCGUGCUGAACGACGAGUGAAAUGGCCACCAAAGACGGAGUAA